AUGUCUACAGCAAAUAAGAUUCGGUCUCUGGAGAAAGGAGUAACCGCCCUCUGGGGAAAAUACAAGCAGUAUGAAGACCGCCUUGAGGCACUCGACGCAACGCAACAUCUGAACUCUAGAUCGUUCUGGUCAUAUGCAACCGGCUCGGGUAACGUGGAGAGGGAGAAGACGAACUUGAGGGGCAAGAUGAGUGAUGUUAUGAGCGAUAUUACCAGCUGUGAAAAUGAGAUCAGGUCAAUUCGGGAAGGAGCUGCGAGCGGUAUUUGGCAUAGUGAGGUUUGA